GUCGACAACAGUACGUAUAGCUACAGUAUUUACAGUGCCAGAAUACUGGCUUUUGCUUCACAGGUCAGAAAACACAUUUACAACAAGACAAGUGGACAUGGAAACCUUCCCUUGACCUACAUCUCAGCACCACCAUACUGCAACCGUCACACACAACUGUGCUGUCCAAAAUGGGCCGUGUGUACCUGAUCGAGCCCGUGGUCAGCGUGUACUCCUUUGGCAUGUUCAUGACCUAUCCACUGGUCCAGCAGUACGUGUACCGGCGCAAGUGGGAGAGGAUCAUAGGCUCUCCCUACCCGACUGAGCUCAACAACACCUCACGCUGUGGAGGAGCCAACCAGAGCACUCAGCAUGGGGCCCAGCUCCAGGCUGUGCAGAGGGAGACGUCUCUCUUCCUCCUCCACAGCGAGCUCUCCUUCCUCUUCCCCAGCCUCGUAAUGUCCCUACUGCUCCUGGCCUACAGCGACUUCCACGGCCGCAAGGUGGCCAUCGUGCCGCCCCUGCUGGGUGACAUCCUGUUCACGCUGGCCUACGCCACCGUCAGCCGCUACUCGCUGGACCUCGGCUACCUCCUGGGCGCGGCGUUCGUGCGCGGGCUCUCGGGGGGUCCCUCGCCGCUUUUCGGCGCCUGCUUCGCCUACGUGGCGGACCGCUGCGACGGGGGCGAGGCCGAGGGGAAGUCCGGGAGGAGGACGGCGCGCAUGGCCUUGCUGGAGAUGCUGCUGGGCAUGCAGUCGGGCUUGGCUUCCAUGGCCACGGGCUUCUACAUCCGCCUAGCCGGCUUCACCUGGCCCUUCCUGACCGUCACUGCGCUCCACAUCCUCGUGCUGGCCUUUGUGCUCUUCGUCCUGCGGGAGUCUCUGGUCCCGGCCCAGCCGGCGCCCUUCACCUCCUCUCAGGUCCGCGCCUCGCGGCUGGGGACGGUGGCGUCGCGGCUGCGCGGGGUCGGGCGGCUCUUUUCGGCCGGCCCCAAGCGACGCGGCCCCCUGCUGGCGCUGGCACUGUGCGCCUUCGCCUUCUACAACGUGGUGACGCUGGGCGGCAUGUCGCUCUUCAUCCUGUACGAGCUGAACGCGCCGCUCUGCUGGGACGAGGUGAUGGUGGGCUACGGCUCUGCGCUCUCCUCCGCCAUGUAUCUGGGCAGCUUCGCCGGCGUCCGGCUGCUGUCCGGUUACCUUGCCGACGUGUGUGUGAUACUUCUGGGGCUUGUGUCACUCGCCGUUGGCUUCGUCAUGGCCGCCUUUGCCAAGACCACCCUGCUCAUGUAUCUGGUGAGGGUCCCGCUGCUCCUGUCAGUCAUGCCUUCACCACUGAUUCGCUCCAUGAUGUCAAAGAUGGUCACCAACUCUGAACAAGGGGCUGUGUUUGCGUGUGUGGCCUUUAUGGAGAUGGUCAGUGUUGGUGUGUCCUUCCCCACGUUCAGCAGCCUGUACGCGGCCACCGUCUCCUGGUUCCCCGGCUUCAGUUUCCUCCUGGCGGCGGUCAUCACCCUGGUCCCCGUCACCUUCAUCUGCGCUGUACGUCACCUGGAGAGGGCCAUCCCUGAGGACACCAAUCAGCUUAUUCCUGAUGACCCAGAGGAAAGCCUGUCUUUUCCACAACACGAAGUGAGGUCAUGAGGUCCUGUUUCAAAGUUGGUUCAAGGAUGGUUUGAUGGCAGCAUACAUCUUUUACUGCUAAGCCUUUUCAAUCUCCGCCUUAAAAAUAUGUUUACACAAGAGGAAAGACUCUGAGGAAUCUGAAACUAUGCUCCAUAUACUGUACAUAUUCUUACUUGAUACUGACAUACAUGUAUAUCAACAUAAAUAGGAUAUGUAGACAAAAUCAGGUAUGUAUUUAGGUGCAUACAUAAAAAAUAUAGUUCACAUAACAAUUCUUUAUCACAUUUUAAAUAGUCUCAAGCACUGUACAUUAUGCACUAAUAUAAAUCCAUCACCAGAUUCAGUCUCUGAUCUUGACCUCUUCCUUGCACACCCCAUUGAAAUUGAUACAAUUGAAAAGCUUUGGAUCAGAAAAAGAAACAGGUCUGGGCAUAUAACCAAGAGUGCCACUGCCAGGUGGAGGGGGCAUGUCCCACAGGAGCAGGAUGUUGGAGCACUGAGGACACAGCUGUAACGUCAGAUCUGUAGACCAGGAGCUAUGGUCACUGGUCAGUCACUGUGGUAAGUUCUCUGGUUUCGACUUCACACGGUGAGGCAGCAUUCAGCAGUUCUGCCAUUCUCAGCAGGAACCAUGCAGUGGCAGGAAGAUCUUAGAUGGGUGCCUAUUCAGCCAUUUUGAGAAUCUAGGUUAAACCCCUUUUGUUUUCAUCAAAGAAGUCAUAAGGCCUGCACUGUGCAAUGCCAAGACUUCACUGUGGCUUUACUGUUUAGUUUACUGGGCCAUACUUUAUCUGGAUGGUGUACUAUGGACAGAUGUUAAAACUAAUAAGUAUACUUUAUGGUUGAGGUUAAGGGCUGGGUUUGCAUAAGGUGAUGUUUGAACAGUUGGAAAGACUAAACUUGAAUUUGAACAAACCAGCAUCUGUCCACAGGGUAUCCAAAUAAAGGGUUGCCAUUAACUACACUGCAUGUUCCCUCUUUUGUUUUUGCCUUCGAUUUAUAAAUUGUAUGUAAAUGUGAUGUUAUGGUGUUUAUUGUUUUCUGUCUUUAAAUUCUCUUCAAUCCAUGAAUAAAUUAAGGUUAUCUGCCUUAUUUCAUGAUACCAAUAGGUAUGAAUGUCCCUUUUAUCUGAAAGGUGCUAUUACAAUUGCCAAUUGUCUUGAUCACUUAACUGAUGC